AUGGAGGAAACACCGGGAGAGAGCCGGCUGGAGCAGGCGCGGCGCUGCGACGAUCCCUACGCUGCGGCUUCCUUCGUUUUGGGGGUUUCUGGGGCGCGGCAGGGAAGCAGAAGGUUGGUUCUGAAGAGGAAAGUGCUGCGGCACAGACCCGACGGAGGGGUGGAGGUCUCGGACGAGUCGGUGAGCAGUGAGGCGGAGAGCGACGCCAAGCUUUGGAAUCUGGGGCAAAAAAUGCGUCAGCUGCGGACUGAUCCUGCUGACAACAGCAUCUCCGAGGGGGAAAUGGAGACAAGCAGUGAUGAAUCCCCUUCCCACUGCCCCACUGGGGACAGCCCCUGUUUUUCCCUUGGGGAUUUCGGGAGCCGGAACUCUCCCGUUUCACAGUGCGCCUGCUCGGUGCGCUCCGAACCCAAAUCCUUUAUUCCUCCCCGGCUGGAACCGCUGGGUCAUAGCCGGGGAAAAACUGACCGGGUGGCAAAAUAUUUGGAAUAUAAACGAGAAUGGGAAAAAUUCCCCAUUCCGGGAGAGGAUCAGAGGCAAGAACUGCGCUGGGUGAUCCGGGAACAGAUGCUCUGUAAGCCCCAGCUCCCCCCCCGGCCGCAGCAUCUCUCCGUCCCCAACGCGUACGUCGUGCCGACGGAUAAGAAAAGAGCGGCUCUGCGCUGGGAGGUGCGCUGGGACCUGGCGCAGGGCCUCAUCCCCCGAAAAAACACCUCCAGAAGCACCCCAGAUUGUUUUUAA